AUGGCGCAAUUGGGAAGUAAUUUCCAGCAGGAAUCCGUAAUCAUCGACCAAACAACAGAUUCCAACGCCUCUUAUCGUCUUUCUACGAUACCCUCGACGCAAUUAACCGUUAGUUUUAUAUUCACUUGCAAGUGCUUUAUCCACCAAAACAUUUUCAUGGCUAAUAACCAAGUAUCCGACACCAUACCUACGCACAGGGGUCGGAUUCUCCAGCAGCCCAUUCCGCCAGUUGGGAUCUUGACCAUUACAGAUCGAACUGAAAUCUCCAACACUGUCGAUGAUCUCAUCGAAGAAUUUCAGGAAAUCGCCAACACUGAGCUCAUGCAGUGGCCUAUUAACGCCGAGGGACGCACGAUCGUGAUCGAAUCCGCAGUGGAUAAUUUAAUUUCAGCUCUUAGAUGGAGGCCUCUGGGUUCGAAUGAUUACGACCACAUUUGGAUGCAAUGCCCUGUUAGGGUCACUCUUAACCAUUCCGUGGAAGAAGGACGCGAGGAUAUGGAUUUGGAUUUGGCGCUUCUGCAGUCUUCCCUGCAGGAAGAGGAAACACACAUGAUUCCGGCUGCCGAGGAUUCGAUUGAGUCGUCACUGAAUGAUGCUGCAGCGGCGGAUGAUUCGGAAGAGACUUGCACUAUAUGCUUGGAAGUGAUGCGCGAAAAAGCCACUAGGAUGCCGUGCUCGCAUUUGUUCCACGGAGAUUGCGUAAGGAAGUGGCUGAGGACGAGCCACUAUUGCCCUGUUUGUCGCUUCGAGUUACCGACGGAAAAUUGA